AUGGAAGGGUAUUUUUUGCCUCGUAGUCCAACAAAACGUGUCCAGGACAUAGAAAACAUCAAGGUGCCUGGGUCGCCAGAUAUGAAACAUGCUAGAAGUCGACUGGACCACCUUUUGACGGGAAUUCGAACAGGAGAAUCUCAACAAACUGUUAGAGAAGAAUCGUAAGUUUUCCUUUUUGUUUUUUUUGAUGAUUUUAGGAAAGGAUAUUAAAAUUUUGCGUACGCCACUACAGCUUUUAAAUUCUUCUUGAUUACAUAAUGUCUUAAAUUUUGUAUGGUUUUAACAGCCUUGUAAGGCAAUAUUUAUCAAUUUUCAUUGAAAAUAUUUUCAGCGUAGCCCCGCGUGAAUCUGAAUUUGUUGAUGAAACCAAAAAAGGUCCAGGAAGACCAAGAAGGCCACGACAAGAUAAUGGAAUGGUAUUUGAGUUGAGAGGAAAGUCGUUUAUGAUGGAAGAUAAUGAUACCGAAGAUACUGUUUAUGAAAUGUGUAGAAGGUGGAUCUAUGGGAAACACGACGACUCGGUAAAGAUUGAGAACGACCCACCAGUUGAGCCGUUUCAUGAAGUUACUUCUCUUGUAAGUAUUUAACAUUAUUUUUUUGAAUUUUAGAGUUGUGUAAUAUAUAUUUGGAUUAAAUCUUAAUUUUUUAGGACCUGAUGGCCACAAAGCCCAUCUACUUCAUGCCAGGGCCAGAUGAAGAAGCUGUCGAACUUCCCCCAGUACCAGAGAAUCUUCCAGUCAACGUCCAAAGCCACGAGGUCCCUGACGAUGAACAUGGUUUGGCGAUGGUUAUGGCUGAUCACAUUAAGCAUUGGAAAAAUGUACGACGAUGUUUUAACGAACACAAUGAAGCAAGGAAAGCUCGACACAGAAGAAGUGUUGAUCUUUUAAGAACUGUGUACAAUAUUGCUCAACAAACUCAAACUUGA